UCACUCGUCCCCCAAUUCGUCACCAUCUGGUGACGAGUUGGGGGCUGAGAUGGUGGAGGGCCGGAAGGGCUUCUGUUUUAUAACAGCCUAAACCAGAGCUUCACAGAGAGAACAUCAUCAAUUAGAGGAGCAUUGAACAUACACGCUACGGCUGCUGUGUGUAUAGCUUGACUCAGUGCUUUAAUAAUAAUUUCUAAGGCAAGUGGUGAGAUUGUUAUCUGUGAGGUAUCUAGACUGUACAGGUUUGUGUUCAGAUAUUCUACACUCAAAUAGCUGUUGACUGACGAACCCAAGGUGUAAUUUUGAAGAUGGGUUUCGGUGUGGUGCUAGCCACUCUUCUCUGCAUUGCCACAUGGAUGACUUCUGUCCACACAAGCCAUGGUCCGAUGAGAAACUGCUGUAUUGUGACGACCACAACCAAAGUCCGACCUGUACUAAUUAAGAAUUACACCAUUCAGCAGGAUGAUGUCUGUCCCAUCUCGGCCAUAGUGUUUCAGACAACGCGAGGAAAGAACAUUUGCUCUGACCCUAAAGAUCCCUGGGCAAAAAGAGCCAAGAAUAAAGUGGAUGAAGAGAUGAAAGCUGUGGCAAGGAAGGGACAACAAGUGGACACCAUGACACCAGCUGUUGCCAUGGCAUCAACGGAAGCAAAGAAGGGACAGAAUGAAGAAGGAUCAACAAGUGACACCAUGACACCAGCUGUUGCCAUAGCAUCAACGGAAGCACAGAAGGGACAGAAUGAAGAAGGAUCAACAAGUGACACCAUGACACCAGCUGUUGCCAUGGCAUUAACGGAAGCAGAGAAGGGACAGAAUGAAGAAGGAUCAACAAGUGGCACCAUGACACCAGCUGUUUCAAGUUCAUCAACAAAAGCACCAAUGAGACGGCAGAGGAAAAAAGGCAGGAAUGGGAUGAGGAAAGGGAACAGGAGAGGGAGGAAGGGCCAGAGAAAAUGCCUGAAUCCCUGAAGAAUCACAAGAUGAAUCAAACUGUCCACAGUCAGCUAAUCUUAUUCUUUCACAUUGGACUCAACCUGCUGUAGUAACCUUAUCCAGAAAACAGACCUUUAUAUAUUGUUGUGUUGAUUACAAACAUAUCUUAUACUGUAUAUUUAAAUAUAUGUCAAAAAUGUAUAUGUAUAUCAAAGAGCUUUUAUUUUGACCCUUUCUACUGUCAUUUUCCAAUAAAGGAUUUUUUAA